CACUGGUCACGUGAUUCUAGUAUGUCACAAGACAGUCAAUAUGGCGGCUUACAUUUUUGUUAUGUCGGCUUUACGCUAUUGCUAAACACCAACAUAAAAGGAGAGGACAUUGAAUAAAAAGCUGCGCGUGUCUCUGAACUCAGAGCGGAACCGUUUCCGCCGCUCUGUCGCUUAGCAACGGUCUCCUCAGCGUGAGCUAGCUGCUUUAGCAUCAUGGCGUCUUCUUUUGUGGUGGGGGAGAAAUUCAGAAGUCGGGUGAGGUUGUUGCUGGAGAACUCAGACUCUCCUCUGAGCGGAGAACUAAAAGCAGAGCUGCAGGGCAUUCUGGGAAAAAACCCAACAAUCCUGCCUUUCAGCGCAGCGAGGAAACUGAAGAAACACUUUCAGGACAAAGGCCAGCCUUUCUAUCUGCACCAGCUGCUGGAGGACAGCUCCCUGCACCUGCCUGAAGUAGAGAAGCCUCCCAGAAACCCUGAGUUGGUGGCUCGCCUGGAGAAGAUCAAAGCCAAACUGGCCAAUGAAGAAUACAACAGGAUGACGCGUAACGUCAACACCCAGGAAAUGAACCGAAAUGGAACGCUGGCAGAUUUGGGUCAUCAAGUGCGGUCGGUAAAAACCGUGGUGGUGACGGUUUUCAACUUCCUGGUGACUUUAGUCGCCACUUUUGGUUGUUCCUACAUCGGAAGUCAGUAUUUAUUUACUGAAACGGCAGCGAGGGUGAUCUCCGCUGUGAUCGCUGCGUCUGUGGUGGGCCUGGCUGAGCUCUACGUUCUGGUCCGGACCGUGGAGGGAGAGUUAGGGGAACCGUAGCAACACAUGUUGGGAUUUUAUUUAGUUUGGGGUAUUUAUUUAAAAUGUGUUUCUUUUCUUCAUCUUUAUUCAAUUAAAUAUGAAAAACUUUGAUUAUGAUUAUUAAAUGUUUGUCCGUCAGCUUGAGC